UAGCAGUAGAGUAGAUUAGGCUGUAUAUGUAAAAUGCAUAUGCCUAACUAUGAAUUUAGAAACAACUAUUAAAGAAAAUGGCGGUUGUUGUCUUUGGCACUGCACCUACUACUUAUCCGUAACUAUUUCCAAUUUAGCUGUUUAUUUGUUUAGAAUUUAUUCACGAAGUGAAACGUUCGAGUGAUAUAAUUGUUUACAGAUUUUCUGAGUGGCAUUAAAUAAUGUUUGAUAUUCCACCGAAAAGUAUACAUAAUAAGUACAAUAUCUUAUUAGUGCUAACAACGCGGUUUUUCUCUUAGUUUAUUUGUUCGUAUUUUCUUGCUGUGUGUCGAAUUUAUAGGACAAUCUUUCAAUGGUCAUUGUGUUAAUAUGAAAAGUAUGUUAAUAAUUUGACAUGUAAUGAAUCUUCUGAAAAAUAUAAUGUGUCAGUGAUACUUCGUUAGUUUGAUAACAAUGGGUGAAGCUGAAGAAUUUAACACUUUAGCAUUUGAGAAACGAUUAAUGCACUUGAAGGAUACUCAGGAAAGUAUCCAGGGUUUGUCGGCGUGGUGUUUGAAGCAAAGGCCGCAUCAUAAAAAGAUAGUUUCCAGUUGGUUGAAUGUGUUGAAAAGGGUGAAGGUAGAACAGAGACUGGUCCUGUUUUAUUUGGCCAACGAUGUGAUCCAGUACAGUAAACGGAAGAACUAUGAGUUUGUUGAGAGUUGGGGACUCAAUUUACAGAAAGCUACACCAUUGGUCAGGGAUGAUAAAGUGAGACCAAAAAUCCUUCGCAUUUUUAAAAUAUGGGAACAAAGAUCAGUUUAUGAUGACGAGUUUCUAUCAGAUCUGACUGGACUACUUAGUGCUGGAGCUGUGAAGAAAUCAGACGACGAUUCAGAGUUCCAACCAUCACAACUGGUGAAUAAGAUAAAACAGUGUUCAGUAUUAGAAGCGGACACAGAUUUGAGGCUGAAAGAGAUCCAUGACAGUCAUCUGGAACUUUCCGAUGCUGAGCUAUUGAGAACUUCACUUAAAGAGAGAGGCAACAAGGACGAUGUGGAAAAGGAGUUGAAUGAUGGGAUAUCAUGUGUGGAAAGAUACACUGCUGCGCUGCAAAGGGAAAUUGUAGCGAGGGAAGCUCUGUUAGCACUGCUUACCACUGCUACGCAGUAUUACGCGACGCAAAGAGGUGAAGUGAAGGUUGUUGCUUAUGCAUACAAAAAUUUUGGGGCGCGUGUUAAAGCAUUGAAGCGGAAACUAGACGAGCUUAUACCGACGUUGCCUAACGCUGCUCCAUCGCCACCUCAGCGGGACGAGGAUGUACCAUCUCCAGGACCUGAUGAGGAUCUCGAACUACCCGUACCAGAAAACACUGGGGACGAUGAUGAAAUUGGCUACAACAUUGACCAGACCUUCAACUCAUCAAUAGCAGCUGAUGGAUCUCUCUAUAACCUAGGACUAACGUCUUUUCUCACGUCAGAGAAUCCAAUGGCACUAUUCAAUGAAUCCACUGAUAUCCUGAAUAGCACCAACAAAAUCGAAGUGAUAAACAGUAGGCCAAAACAAGCCGAGCAGGAGUUUAAUAUAAACGACGUGCUAAAAAACCUGAUGUCUGAUAAUAAUACCAACGCAUCGGAUAAUAACUCAGUAACUAGCGCGUCGAUGUCCCAAAAGUCGCAGGACGCGUUGCCCGGGCUAGAUUUACUAACACCAGACACGCCGGGCAACCCGCCGCCGCCUACAUCCUUCUAUGGCACCAUGGACCUCACUGAGGAACCAGAACCCUACCACCCAGAAGCGGCUAGCUCUUGGAAUAAUACUAACUGGAAUAUAGCUCGUGUGAAUCCUACGUUGAACACGAACGUGUUCACUGACACGCCGGAGUCGCCGCCGCCGGCGCCGCGCCCCAUUCCACCGCCAGAACCAGUGCGGUAUCCACAGGAGAUUCCGACAGAUGUGGAUCACAGAGGAAUAUUACCGCCUCCACCUCCGCCGCCCGUCUUACCACUGCUUGGUCAGCUGGAGGACGUAGACCAUAGAAUGUUGCCGUCUCUGUCGCCAGUACCGCCUGUCGUCACCCCAGCACCCGUCCGACACCCUGUACAUCAAGAUGUCGAUCACAGGAAUUUGAUUCCGUUAACGCAUCAACCCACACCUCCACCCCAACCAAUCAACUCUGUCACGAGGGAUCAAGAUUACAGGGUACCACCGAUGGUGCCGCCUUCGGAUAUCGUGGAGAGCGUCGACAUGGACCUAUCUGAAGAUGAGGAUCAACGAAUGUACACAAACCAAAACCAGGUGGAGAGACGGCACAGCUUCAAUAACAACAACAAAGUGCUAGUAGGGGGAGAUAACGGCAAAGUGCACAAUGAACACAACCAUAACAAUCUCAUACAAAUCAACAGCGACAAGAAAGAGCCGCAUUCCGCGCCCAUAAUGCCACCAAUGGUGAACCCCUUCGAUGCCAUGCCACCCUCCCUCAAAAACUUCAACAUGAACUUCCAAAAACCUCUGAAUUUCCCUAAAACCUUCGAUCUGACUGAGGAUAACUCCAAUGACAGCGCUUACGAAGAGGAUCUUAGAAGCAGGGGCUUAGAGAAGGCCAAGCACCACGAAAUACGAAACCCAUCUCCACCAUUCGAGGAGUUUGGCAAUGAGGAGUGGCAACAGCAUCAGCCGAGGUUCAUGAACCCUCGGUUCCCUAGAAAUUGGGGUCCGCGGACUAACUUUAGGCCACCGGGGUUCUCUCCACAACAAGGCUGGCCUAGAAACGGGCCGCGUCCUAACCGAUGGAUGGGCCCUCGCCCAAGGUUUUGGUGAAGUGCAGUGUUAGUGUUGUAUACUUUAUAAAAGACGAAAUUUAAGGAAUUAUCAGUGAGUUUCAUUUUACAAUAGAACGCAGAGGAGUGAACUGAUGGAGGACUCACGCACCUUUUGAACUGUAUUAUGUCUAAAUUUUCAAAGCGUUGUGUUCUCCAUUUGUUUAAUGCUCUGUUUUACCGAUUGACUUAAUAGUAGUCCUGGUAGCGAUUCAUCCUUUAAAGCUAGUUGCAGACUUACCUCUGUACUCGAGAGUCCCUUAAUACGUUGAUAAUCGAACCGAAAAUUUGUUCAUACCAAAGUAGUCUCUAACCAUCGGAAUUAAGGUCUAUCAUGGACUUAGUGGAGAGUGGUCACCGGUGACCACGAUUGGGCUGUUAAUGGUUAUUUAACCUAGUCCUGAGCGACUGUUUUCGUAACAAAACGUUUUAAGGCAUCGUUUAAGUUAUCAUUAAAUACCUCAGAGUAUGGUAGUUAGGCCCUGUUUCACAAGUACUUAAGUUUCUCUUACUGACGAAUAGUAUGACAUAUUUGCCUUAAGAAAUGUGUCAAAAUAUGUUUCAAUUAUGCCAAGAGGAACUUAUUCGGACGAUCUGUUAUAGGGUCUUAAUAUUUUGGAUACCUUUUUGAAUAAUAUUACUUAAUUUAUACCAGUAUUUCACUCAAACCAGUUAAGCAAAAUUAGUCUUUAUUAGUUCAUAGUAUGUCUUUGCAGUCUGCUACUAGAUUUAAAGUGGAUACAUAUUUCAUAUCAAUAGAUAAGUCAUUUUUAACCUUUUACAAUUAUUUACUGCAGCUAGUAUUAGGAAAGUUCUCAAUAGGCAAUAGAUUCUUCAAUGUAGGUACCAAUCUCAUAUAUUAGUACAAUGUAAACAAAAUCAAGUCUACAAUCUUUUUGUAAAAUGAGACUUUAUGUUAUAUGUAGUAAAGACGAUUUUUAAACGUCAUACGACUGUGUUCUUAGAAAGUUAGUUUCUAUCUUGUAUAUAGAAUUAAAUUAAGUACUUCAGUAACGGAAGGGUUAUUCUGCAAUAUUUUCUGUAUGAGCUACUUGUAAAUGUAUUAAGAUUCUAUAGUUCGUAUUCGAAAUUUUACAGAAUUGGUGUGUUUGGUAGCUAUGAUGAUGCGGGUGCGUGGGAGUGGACGGUUUUUAAUAUAUUUUAAAUUGGUUACAUAUGUUGGCCAAUAAUUCGUGGAGUUAUAUCUUUCUAUCACGAUAAAGUGAUUAUGAGGGCUAUCGUAUUUUUUAUACACCAGAUGGAGUUAAAGAUCUGUUAGAUAAUAAAAUGUUAAUGACUAUUAGUUUGACAACUCUCCAUUGGACAGACAGUUCUGCUAAAUUAGCUCCAAAUGGGGAUAAUAUAAAAGCCUUCAGUGGUCGGACACUGUAUAUGUUUGAAAGUUAUACGCCAACAUAUUGGCCAACAUUUGCCACCAAUCCCACGUUUAUAUGAAUGGCAAGAGAGAAGCGUUUAGACAAAUGUUUGUAUGCAAAGAGAGUGCGAAUGUUCAAGACUGGCAUAUUUUGUGAACAUUCAAAACUUGUAUUGAGAGUUAAAAACAACGCAUUUUUACUACUUCGAUCUUAGAAAUCCGACUGAAGCCGGUUAAAACCGGUAUCAAGAUGAAAGCUAUUGUUGGUAUUAUCAAACGUAACCAAUAUCUGAAAA